CAGAUUCCAAGAAUUCAACACCAGCGCCCUCAUCCGCUCCCAACUCGAUGAACUCGGGGUUUCUUACGACUACCCGUUUGCCCAAACGGGCUUGGUUGCUCAAAUCGGGUCGGGAAACCCGCCCGUCGUUGCUCUGCGCGCUGACAUGGAUGCCCUGCCGUUGCAGGAACUUGUGGAGUGGGAGCACAAGAGUAAAGUGGAUGGGGUAAUGCACGGAUGCGGGCACGAUGCACAUACUGUAAUGCUCCUUGGUGCUGCAAAGUUACUGAAUCAAAGGAAGGACAAACUUAAGGGAACAGUAAGGCUUCUUUUCCAACCUGCCGAAGAGGGAGGCGCCGGAGCAUCUUAUAUGAUAAAGGAAGGCGCCCUCGGCGACGCCGAAGCCAUAUUCGCAAUGCACGUGGAUUUUCAAGCACCGACGGGGACCAUAACAAGUCGGCCCGGACCAUUUCUAGCUGCAGUAUCUUUCUUUGAAGCCAAAAUAGUCGGAAAAGGCGGGCACGCCGCUUCCCCACACGAAAGUGUCGAUCCGAUCUCAGCGGCAUCUUUUGCAAUCUUGGCACUGCAACAACUCAUCUCAAGAGAAGUCGAUCCCCUCCACAGCCAAGUUAUUGAAGGAGUAUGUCACGCCCACAGAUGCAACGCUGUCGUGAAAGUACAAGAUGACGGCGGGGAGCUCCGACCAUAUCCAGCUUGUGAGAAUGACGAGAAGCUUCAUGGACAUAUAAACAAGGUCGGAGGUCUCCUCCUGGGAGUGGAGAAUGUGAAGGAGGCGAAGAAGGUGAUGGCCGGGGAAGACUUCGCCUUUUACCAGGAGAUGAUCCCGGGAGCGAUGAUCGGCAUCGGGAUCAGAAAUGAGAGAGUAGGUUCAGUUCACUCGCCUCACUCCCCUCAUUUCUUUCUUGAUGAAGAUGUUCUUCCUGUUGGAGCUGCAUUGCACACUGCCCUUGCUGAAUUUUACCUUGAAGAUCGCCAUUUUACGAGAUUAUGAAGUUUGGAUCUUCAUGGUGUUGUCGUCUAAGUUAGUUAUGAGAGUGAGGGCUUCAAACGAAGCCUUUCAUUUGAUAUAUAUAGUCCUUUCUAAUGAUAUUUGUACAAUAUUACUACUGUAGGGUGUGUUUGCUUGGGGAUUAAUUUUAAAUACACUAAUCGAUCAAAUUUUUGUUUUCAUAAAUAUCAAAU